AUGUUGCAGUCCUUCUUCCGACGACUGACCACUCGACCAGCCAUCAGCGACGACGAAGCAUCCGAUGCUGGCGGCACCGACGUUGUGGUUCCCAUUGUCAAGAAACAGGAUACCGACAUUGAAGACGACUUUGAAGAUGCGGAUCCUGCCCCAGUAACGGGCGAUAUCAAAAUGGAUGAAGACGAAAACGAUGAGAAGGACGGGGGAGAUGAAGACGAGGAACUGGACGAGGACGAGUUCAUCGUUGAGAAGAUUGUCGGUCACGUGUACGCCAAGGGCGAAUUAAAAUUCAAGGUCAAGUGGGAGGGAUACACUAAGGCCGAGGACCAGACGUGGGAGGACGAAGACAAUCUCAACGAGAAUGCUUCUGCCAUUCUUGAAGCAUAUUUCGAAGAACAUGGAGGACGAGAGAAGAUUAUCAGUGACUCGCAGGCUGGCACGAAGAAGAAGCGAGGCCGUCCUGCUGCCACCAGCACUCCUACGAAUGGCUCCAAGCGCUCCAAGCGCGACACACAUCCUGCAUCUGGCAGUCCACCGGCAAGCCACACAAAGGCAUGGACUCCUCCUGCAGGAUCUUGGGAGGACCAUGUGGCAUCUAUUGAUGCCUGCCACGAUGAACACACUGGAAAGUUGGUCGUGUAUCUGUCAUGGCGAAACGGACAGAAGACUCAGCACGAUACAAAGAUUGUAUACUCUCGGUGUCCCCAGAAGAUGUUGCAAUUCUACGAACAACACGUCAAGAUUAUCAAGUCCACAGGAGAAAUGAACUGA